AAUAUUAAAGAUUAAUUCCAAAGAAAAAAAAUCAACAUGGCAGCCAUGCAGACGAUCGAUCAAAUAAAGCUGGGCUUUAAAAUGGUCGAUUUUAAAGUACAACAAAGACGUUUUCGUACCAGCGAAAAAACUAUUGUCAGCACUAUUUAUGGACCAAUAAAGGGUGUUAAGCGCAAGUCUAUCUAUGGUGAUUCCUACUACAGUUUCGAAAAAAUACCAUUCGCUAAACCGCCGGUAGGUGAGCUGCGCUACAAAGCACCACAACCGCCAGAACCGUGGAUAGAAGUGCGGAGUUGUACUUCACGUGGACCGAAGCCAUUGCAAAAGCAUUUCGUAUUUCAAAUGACAGAAGGCUCCGAAGAUUGUCUCUAUCUAAAUGUCUAUACAAAGAAUCUAAAUCCACAAAAACUCAUGCCGGUCAUGGUGUGGAUAUAUGGCGGUGGUUUUCAGUUUGGUGAAGCCUCACGUGAACUUUAUAGUCCCGACUAUUUGCUGCGCGAAGAUGUCGUGAUUAUUUCAAUAACCUAUCGCUUGGGGCCAUUUGGCUUUCUCUCUAUGGAAGACCCCACUUUUGAUGUACCUGGCAAUGCCGGCCUCAAAGACCAAAUUAUGGCAUUGCGUUGGGUGAAGGCGAACUGUGAACGCUUCGGCGGUGACAGCAAUAAUAUAACACUUUUCGGUGACAGCGCUGGCGGUGCCUCUGUGCACUAUAUGAUGAUAACCGAUCAAACAUGUGGUCUUUUUCACAAAGCGAUAUCCAUGUCGGGCAAUGCACUUUCACCCUGGGCAGUAACGCCACAACGCAAUUGGCCAUAUCGGCUAGCAGUGGCCGCUGGCUAUGCGGGUGAAAAUAAUGAUACAGAUGUUUUUGACUUUCUAGGCAAAGCAAAAGGUGCUGAUAUUGUGAAAGCAAAUGAGGAUCUAUGUUCGGAUGAAGAAAAACGUGAACGCAUUGGUUUCUCCUUUGGUCCAGUGAUCGAGCCAUAUGUGACUGAUCAUUGUGUGGUACCCAAGAAACCAAUUGAAAUGAUGCGCACCGCAUGGAGUAAUCAAAUUCCGAUGAUUAUUGGUGGUGUGUCGAAUGAGGGAUUGUUGUUGUAUUCGGAGACAAAAAAAAAUCCCAAAUUACUCAACGAAAUUGGCGAUUGCCGUUUUGUGGUGCCACUCGAACUUGGCAUGGACCGCGAUGGCGAGCUGUGCAAGGAAUAUGGCCUACAAUUGCGUAAAGCUUACUAUGGUGAUAAGGAGCCGAGCUUAGAAACUUUACAUGAGUACCUGUUGAUGGUUUCCCACGAGUACUUCUGGUUCCCCAUCUAUCGCACAGUAUUGUCACGCACGGCGCAUGCCACAGCACCCACCUACUUGUAUCGUUUCGAUUUUGACUCGAAACAUUUCAACCAUCUGCGCAUACUCAGCUGUGGCAAGAAAGUACGUGGCACCUGUCACGGUGAUGAUCUUUCCUAUUUGUUUUACAACUCAUUGGCGCGCAAGCUGAAGAAUCAUACACGCGAGUACAAAUGCAUUGAGCGGCUGGUUGGCAUGUGGACACACUUUGCCAUGCAUUCCGAUCCCAACUUUGAUCCGGAGCACGUUGAUCUAUGGCAGCCUGUAACGAAGGAUAAUUUUGAGAAACGACAACUAAAGUGCCUUAAUAUUUCCGAUGAUUUGAAGGAGAUUGAUGUGCCCGAAUUGAAGAAGUUACAAGUAUGGGAGAACUUUUUUUGCUGUGAUGAAUUAAUCAAUCCUGAAAAACCACGACCGGUUAUGGUUUGGAUUUAUGGCGGUGGCUUUCAGAUUGGCGAGGCCACGCGUGACAUGUACAGCCCAGACUUCUUGAUGUCCAAAGAUAUUGUACUCGUGACGAUCGCCUACCGUCUCGGCCCGUUUGGAUUUCUCUCACUAGACGAUCCCGAUGUUCAAGUUCCUGGAAACGCAGGUAUUAAGGAUCAAAUACUCGCACUGCGUUGGGUUAAUGAGAAUAUUGCUGCAUUCGGUGGUGAUCCAAACAAUGUGACCAUAUUUGGUGAGAGCGCUGGUGGCGCGUCCACACACAUUUGCAUGCUCAGUGAAAAAUCAAAGGGAUUAAUACACAGAGGUAUAGUAAUGUCCGGCAGCGCCUUAUGUCCUUGGGCACAUCUACCGAACAAACGUUGGGCUUUUCGGCUAGCCAAGGCACUCGGUUACGAAGGCGAGGAUAAAGAUGCAGAAGUUUAUGAGUUUUUGUCAAACACCAAAGGACCAGAUAUAGUGCGUGCAAAUGUAAAGGUGUUGUCCAAAGAUGAGAAACACAAUAGAAUACCAUUUGCGUUUGUACCCACUGUAGAACCUUACUGGACAGAGCAAUGUGUGAUGAGCGAACAUCCGUACGAGUUAAUGAAAAAGACGUGGAGCAACAGCAUACCUAUGAUUAUUGGAGGCACUAGCUUCGAGGGUUUAAUAUUUUAUCCAGAAAUAAUGAAACGUCCGGCAACACUCGAUGAGGUGCGCAAUUGCAAGAAUCUCUUACCACCUGAUGCGGGUGUAAAAGAUGAUUUGCAAAAAGCUGAGGAAUGUGGGCUUAAAAUAAAGAAAAUCUAUUUUGGGCAAGAAGAGUGCUCGCGUAAGACAAUGAUGCAGUUUCUGGAUCUGAACUCGUACCGUGAUUUUUGGUUACCCAUCUACCGCACAUUGCUCGCACGCCAGCGUCACAGCACCGCUCCCACCUAUGUUUACCGCUUCGACUAUGAUUCACGGGAAGGCAAUGCCAUACGUAAUAUUCUGUGUGGUGGUGAUGUGCGUGGUACUUGUCAUGGUGAUGAUCUCUGUUAUCUCUAUUAUACUAUGUUUUCACAUCAGCCCGUUAAGGGCUCCAAGGAGCACGAAGUAACGCGCACAAUGGUUGACAUUUGGACGAGCUUCGCAGCGAAUAGCGAUCCUAAUUGUAAUAUGUUGGAGGAGGUGACAUUUGAGCCGAUCACACGCGAUGAAGGCGAAAUUAAGUGUCUCAAUAUUGGUGAAAAGAUUGAAUUUAUUGAUCUGCCUGGUAUGGAUAAAUUAACGGUGUGGCGGGAAUUCUAUGCGCCGGGGAAAUUGUAACACGCUCUAAGGGUGUGGUGUUUUUUACUUUAAUAAGAGUGGGUGUCUACCUCAUGGAAAUUACCGCUUGUUGUAUAUUGUCACUCUUAUGUCACAAGCAUGAAUGUGUCAAUUUAUCAGUUUUGAGUUAUUGGGUUGACUGGGUUAACCUUUGGCUUUUCUAUGUUAUACCAAAACCCGGAAUAUCUAAGUCUCGUAAAAAAAAUUUCAAACUUGAUUUCCCAAAAUUUUCAUUUUUACAAAUUCAUGUUUCUGGCAUACGAGCGACGAUAUCUGGAAUUGAGAUUGAAAAUCGUUUUAAGUUUGUUGAAAUUUAAGUUUGUAAAUUAAAUACAAAUACCAGUGUAAAAGAUUGUUGAUUGGGUAAGAUGAUGGCGCAUCGUUGUAAUAUUUUUGUAGUGAUAUAUUUUUGUUAAUUAUCUUUAAGGACACAUUUCUACUUACUUAAUAAAAUCAAACAAUAAUUCAUAGAGAA